CGCUCGAAAUGUCUGAUGAGAUGUCAUUCGGCGUUCUAAUUGUAAUCAGCUUACGUACGUCCGAAAAAACUAAAUAAUCGACCUAUUCUUAUAAACAAAUAAUAUAAAUCAUCUUUUUAUAAAUAUAACAGUUAAUUUACUUUAAAAAGCCAUGGAUAAAACAAAGGACGAGCCAGUCAUUCUCGCCCACGAGUGUUAUGUAAAAAAGGAUUACACGGGAGCAUUACAACACCUCAAUGAAUUGGAAAAUCUGGUUGGAACCAGCAAUAAACGAGUGCAGCAUAACAAAGCCGUGGUGGAGUUCAUGAUCAGUGAUAUGAAAAACGUGGAUAAGUUAAAGAAAGCCAUCGCACAGUUAACUGGACUCACGUUUCCGGACAUCGAAACAAAAGACCUAAGCUCACCGUUCUUGCUAUACAAUUAUGCUGUUUUAUUAUACCACUCGAGGUACUACUAUCAAUGUACUGUCUUAUUGGAGAGAUUACUCGCUUGUAAGAAUGUGAAAGACAACAAAUUAUUUCAGCAAAUUGUCUUAUUAUUGCUUGAAUCUACUCUCUGCAGAAGAACUUACGAAAAAACAUUGGAAAUAGCAAAGACUCACGGUGACCCUCUGAAAUCAAAUAACGAAGUCAGUGACCUGUUUGAAAGACUUGUUAGUAGAGCUCAGUUACUAUUAGGACAGAAAAUUAAGUUAAAUCUAAAGCCAGACUCCAUAGAAAAUGUAUUUAUUAUAGCUCAACAGCAAUAUCUGAAUGGUGAUGUGAAAGAAGCAGCUACUACACUAGGCCAAUACAAAACACUUAAGUAUAAUUAUGAUCUGAAAACUCAGGGCGAAGACAUCUGGGCAGCCAUCAAUAAUAACCUUGGUGUUAUAUAUUUAUCAAUUAAGAAACCAUUUCUAGCAUCAAAAUACUUCCAGCAUGCAGUCAAAGAGCACUUCAAGGCAAUGGAAUGUGAGGACAGUGAAAAGUUAAUAGCAUGUAGAGACAGACCUCUGUAUGUGUUCAACCUGGGCCUGGCGUUACUGGCUGCCAACAACUCAGAAGGUGCAUUUGAGUGUCUGGUAGAAGCAGCUCGCCACUAUCCAAACAACCCUCGUAUCUGGCUUCACUUGGCAGAAUGUUGUGUAAAGAAAUGUUGCAGUGAUGAAGCUCAACAGUAUACAGUAAAGAAACUUGGCAGUGGUCCACACACACGCAUCUUAUUGUCAAAGGAAGGAAAAGACAAAUAUUCAACCUCUGGAGAAUCAUUUGCUAUCCCAUCUUUAUCUUUAGAAUUUGCCGCAUUAUGUUUAAGGAAUGCAAUAACUUUACUGCCAAAUCAGGAAGCCCCCCCUGAUGCCACCACACCUAUCAUUCAGGCACCUCCCGGGCCACCAAUCAACUGGAAACAGAGGUGUGAACUCAAGAACUCCACAUUUGUGCUCCAGAGUUAUGUGCUACUACAUCUACAGGACCCACUGUCUGCCUUGAUGAGUGCUAAUGAGUUAUUGAGUCAGCCAGAGGCCUCAAGCAGCCACAAGGCUUGGGCACACAUAUAUGCAGCAGAAGCUCUCAUAAACUUGGACCGAAUAGCAGAUGCAGUGGAACACUUACACCCACCUAUGAUCCACGACUUAGUGUCAGUGUUGCCAUAUCAGAUGAGAGACAUGAUUGCAGUCAGUGUUUGGGCGAAGGCUGCAGUCUGUCAUAUUUUAAGAGGCGAUUUAGUCACAGCCAGAAAAAUACUUUUGCAAAUAAAUUCGCCACGAGUAUUGCCAUUGCAGAUGUAUUUAGAGAUAUGUACAGGGAACAUAGAGAAUUGUCAUACAUUACUAAGGAAACUUAGAUUUACUAACUUAUCACAAUGAAUUGUUUAUUUUGUAAUAAAACAUAUACUCCAAAA